AUGGGCCUCUGCUUCUCACGGGGCUCGCGCUCGCCCGAGCCACAUUUCAACGAUACCACAGGCUCGAACUUUAACCCAAACCCGCAGUCUUUCGUGGUACAUCCCGGGCCAGGAAAUGCACAGUUUGUGCAGCAACAGGAAGACCAUCGAAGUCGCCAUGGGACGAUACAGGACAGCGGAAUGCAAGGCAAAGAAUCCCUGAUAGCCCUCUACGCCUAUGAUUCGCGUGCCGAAGGCGAUCUCUCUUUCAAAAAGGGCGACAUCAUGUACCUACUGGAUCAAAGCAAUGUCGACUGGUGGUACGUGCAGCACGCGCGCAGCAUGCAGACCGGAUACGUCCCGCGAAAUUUUGUGGCCAAGCAGCAGACGAUUGAGAGUGAAGAAUGGUUUGCCGGCAAGAUACCGAGGAACCGUGCUGAGCGGCUGGUGCUUUCACAAAAUCUGCCUAAGGGAACAUUCUUGAUCCGAGAGCGUGAAGCCGAGACCAGGGAAUAUGCGUUAACGAUUCGUGACUCGGACGAUGGACGAGGAGCCGGCACCGUCAAGCACUACAAAAUCAAGCGGCUCGACCACGAUCAAGGCUUCUUCAUCACCACACGCCGCACCUUCAGAACGUUGCGGGAACUCGUCGAAUACUACUCUGAGCUCUGCGACGGUCUCUGCUGUACGCUCACCUUCCCCGCCCCUAGAAUCGCCCCCACCCGCCCGGAUCUCUCGCACGACACCCAGCAAAACUGGGAAAUCCCCCGGAACCAGUUGCAGCUCAAGACCAAGCUGGGCGACGGCAAUUUCGGCGAGGUUUGGUACGGCAAAUGGCGUGGCAUCGUCGAGGUGGCGAUCAAGACGAUGAAGCCCGGCACGAUGAGCCCUGACGCUUUCUUGGGCGAAGCUUCAAUUAUGAAGCAGUGCGACCACCCGAAUCUCGUGAAGCUCUACGCGGUGUGUACACGAGAAGAGCCCUUCUAUAUCAUAACUGAAUUCAUGAGCGGUGGCUCGCUAUUGCACUAUUUGCGCGAUGAGAAGGGCCGUCAAUUGGGCAUUCCAGCUCUCGUGGACAUGGCUGCUCAGAUCGCCAAUGGCAUGAUGUACCUCGAAGAGCGGAAGCUGGUCCAUCGUGACUUGGCGGCUAGAAACGUCUUGGUUGGCGAAAAGAUCUCUGGCGUCCCGGUAGUCAAGGUUGCUGACUUUGGCCUGGCGCGCAAGCUGAUGGAAGAGGAUAUUUAUGAAGCACGCACCGGCGCGAAAUUCCCGAUCAAAUGGACGGCUCCCGAGGCGGCCACCUGUGGCAAUUUCACGGUGAAAAGCGAUGCCUGGUCGUAUGGUAUCCUCAUCUACGAGAUCAUCACCAGAGGACAAGUGCCGUAUCCUGGUAUGCACAACCGCGAGGUGGUGGAACAGGUCGAACUCGGCUACCGUAUGCCGAUGCCACAACGAUGCCCGGAGAAUAUUUACACUGAGGUGAUGCUCAAGUGCUGGGACAAGAACCCCGAGCGACGACCGACCUUCGAAUACCUGCAUCACUACUUCGAAGACUACUUCGUCUCCUCGCAACCCAACUACGUGCCGCCCAGUGUC